AUGCUCAAAUUUCAAAAAAAGAAUAAAAACCAAGCUCAAACAUGUUUUAAAAAUGUCUAUGGAAGCAUGGACUUAUUUGGAUAGCCUCCAGCUUUUAAAAUUCUCAAACAAGAGAAAUUUACAACUUCUUUAGGAUUUUUGUUCACCGUAGGUAUAUCGGUGGUGUGUGUUCUAUAUACAAUUAUAUAAUUGUAAGAUCUCUACUCUCAAACGGGUCCUCGAGUAACAAUGUCUGAAGAACAAGUUGUGGACACUAGUGCAUACUCGUUGGAGAUGACAAAUUACACAAUUGGCAUAACAAUGGCGAAUAUGUCCUUGGGAUCGCUUUAGACGCUGGGAACUCACUUCACAAUGAAUGUAUAGAAUUGCAAGCGAGUCAGAUCAAUAGACCCAACUACUAACAAAACUGUGAUAUCCUAAAAUUGUACACUAUACCCAACGGAGCCAUGUGGCGAAUAGCAUUUUGUAACAGAUUUAUAGAAAUCAUAUUUUUCAAAAAUAAAACUAGGUUUUGUUCAAUGUUUUAAUGUAGAAUAGUGGCAAAACAAUCCUCCUUAACUUUAGGGAACUGUUUAAGGAACAAUAACGAUCGCUCAAUGUAAAAAUACCACAAAUAAAACUGAUUGUGCACCACCAGAAAAAAUAUGGAAGGAGCUGUAGACAGGAUAUUAUGCAGUUCACUUGAGUGAUAAUUUGGUUUAGAUGAAAAAUCCUGGGACUCCAUUCAAAGACAUAAUUAAUUUACAAUAUACAACAUUUUCGAAUUCUACAUCAAAAUCAAUUUUCUAGACCUUCAAAAUUACAUAGUCUGACACAGAUACUGGAUACAUUAUGGAAGAUGUUUAAACGGAAUAUGGCUUGGCUCAAUCAUAAAAUCGAGAAAGUCAGGAUAACUAUAAUAAUUAAUUUAUUGUCUAACAUAUAAUAAAUUUGGAUUCUAGAUUGGCAUCUUAUAAUAGAGAGUAUUAAAAGCUGUAGGAUAUCUUUGGAAACGUAGGGGGUCUAUGGUAAAUUUUAUUUUUGGCCGUGAGUGCGUUAUUGUAACCAGUAACCUCAACCUUCAUGAAUUUGCAGAUGGCUAAUAAAUUAUUUAGAUUUGAAAACCAAAACAAUUAGGAAGGUCUCUAAGCAUAACAGAGUUCAGAUUCAAUAGAUGAAAUUAAGGACAACCUUAAGAGAUCUGGAUCCCCAACAAAAAUGAAUGCUAGAGGCUCUUAACAAUUGGAUCUUGAAAGUAGAAAGUCCUACUUUAGCAAACGCUCUCUUGGUGGGCAAAAAUCAAUGAGUAAAUCAAUUUUCGUUAAAAGUGUGGAUAAAGUGAACAACCACAAAUAGAUGAUAUAAUUAUUGAAAAAAAGGAAAUAAUCUCUGAAUUUAUCAAUGAGAGACAUCAUUAUUAUGAGUUUUGGAUGCAGGAAAAAGGAAAAGCAGCUUAUUAGUUAUGCAACUGAAAAGUUCAUGAACAAAUUAGACAUUGCUAAUUUGAUUUCGAAAGUUUAUGAAAUUGAUCGGUUAAAGCUUAUACUACUAAAUGAACAGUAAUAAAAACUAUUUAACUAUUUACCCAAACCCAUUAUUCCUGAAUCUAUGUUCGGAGAAGAUUUCCAGAAGAAAAUGAAAAUCGUCGAAUAAAAAUAAGCCUAUAAGGUUAUUCUCCAAGAUGAAAAACCAGAAUUUAUGAGAUUACAAGAAGCAUUCGUAGCUUAUGUUAAAAUAUAACAGAAGGAUGAAAUAUCAGAAGUAGAUAGGAAGAUUCUUGAUAUUCUGGAUGAGGACAUCUUAGAAUUAUUCGAGAACCUACAUACUAACACUUCGAAAUUAGAAAACAUCUUUUAAGAUAGUCCUAUGAAAUUCCAAUUAUAAUUUUCUGAUAUCGAAUCUCCUAAAUCUAAUUUCUAACCUGAUUUUGAUGAAGAUAUGGCUAAUCAAAUACCCGUUCUUCCUGCUAUGCUUAGAUCUUAAUAAUGA